UCACCUGCGAAAAUUCACCUAUUUGUGACUCUAACGUAGAGCUCUUGCGGAUUGUAGUAGUACAAACGGAUAAACCUCAGACCUUUACCAGGGUUUUGAGCAACCUCAAUCUUACCUUCCUCUUUGGCUCUGCCCAAUACAAUUCCAUAUUUAUCAGGUGAACAAACAAGGAAAUUUUAUAUGGCUGCAACAGGCAUGAUCACAGCCCCAAUUUUUGGCUUCUUCUCUGUGAACAGAAGCAACAGAGCUUGUAGAAAGUUCAGCAGCAUAAAUGGGCAAUGUAAUGUUGUAAAGGGGAUGCAGGUAGAAAAGUCUCUCGAGGAAUUGUACAAUGUGAAGGUGGAAAGAAAAGUGUCACCAAAACGAUUGGCAGAGCUUGGAGUGUCUAGAUGGUCAGUUUGGAAGACUGGCAAGUGCAAGUUGCCUUGGGACUGGCAAGUGGACCAGUUAGUUUACAUUGAAGAAGGAGAGGUGAGAGUAGUUCCUGAAGGGAGCGAACGUUACAUGCGGUUUGUGGCUGGCGACUUAGUUCGUUACCCCAAGUGGUUUGAGGCUGAUCUCUUCUUCAAUGCUCCAUACCAGGAGCGUUAUAGUUUCCGAGCAUAUGGUGAUGACUAUUAAUCCCUACGUUGCAUUAGUGAUUGCGUCUCUUUGUCCUGUGUGUCAGCUUUGUUCAAGGGCAUAUGUCCUGUAAUUUUAGUAGUUUAACUCAGGAAUUGCAAGCUGAACUGCUACAUUCUGCAAAUAAUUUUGAUUUGCAGUUUCUGUAAAUACCAAGCAGUUUAUUAACUGCUGUGUUGAAAGACUGUAUCAGAUACCCUCUUUGAACA